AUGGUUUCUGAGCGUAUUGAAUUCCUGAGCGUACUGCAAUUUGGUUAUGCAUCCGUUUUGAAUCAAAAGGCUGGUAUUGACACUUGCGAAGCGAAUAAAGUUUUCGAAGCGAGCGGUUUGGGGAACAUACCUCAAAUUUGCAUUACUGGUGACGCUGGUGAUACUGGCAACACUGGCAGCACUGGUGACAGUGGCGACUCUAGCGACACUGGUGACACUGUUUAUACUGGUGACACUGGCGGCACUGGCGAACCUGGUGACUCUGGCGACACUGGUGACACUGGCGACACUGGUGAUACAGGUGACAAUGGCGAAACUUGUGAUACUGGUGACACUUUCGGUACUGCCGACAGUCGUGACACUGGUGGCACUGGUGACCCUUGUGCCAUUGGCGAAACUGGUGACACUGGUGUUACUGGCGACACUGGUGUUAUAGAUGACAAUGGUGACCCUGGCGAAACUGGUGACACUAGCGACACUGGUGCUACUGGUGACAAUGGUGACCCUGGUGACACUGGUGACACUGGCGAAACUGGUGUGACUGGCGACACUGGUGUUACUGGUGACAAUGGUGACCCUGGCGACACUGGCGGCACCGGUCACCCUGGUGGCACUGGCGACACUGGUGACACUGGAAACGCUGGCGACAUUUUUGACACUGGUGUCACUGGCUACACUGAUGUUGCUGGUGACAAAAGUGACCCUGGCGACACUGAUUCGUUGCAUAUCUGCGUCCUUAUGGUCAACCAAGAUUUGUCGGAAACAUUUUUCGAUGUCGGCCAUAAAUGCGAUCUUGUGCCAUCGCCACUUCAAUAUAAUUGCGGAUAA